AUGGGAAUCGAAACAUUGUUCUCUAAAUACAAUUUGAGCAUAUCAAGAUUACGUGGACAAGGUUAUUAUGGUGCAAGUAAUAUGCGAGGUCGGUUUAAUGAGUUAAAAACACUUAUAUUGAAAGAUAAUGAAUAUGCCUUCCAUGUUCAUUGUUUUGCUCACCAACUUCAACUAGCACUUGUAGCUGUGGCAAAAAAGGAUACAAAUAUUGAGAGACUUUUUUUGAAAGUUUCUUGUGUGAUAAAUAUUGUCGGAUGGUCACUGAGAUGUCGGGAUCUUCUUAAUGAGAAACAAGCUUUGAAGGUGAAAAAAGCUAUUGAAAGUGGUGAGCUUUCAACAGUGCUUGAGGAUCUUACUAAAAAUUCUGAUAAUAGAGUUGAAGCAGGUGAUUUGGUGGAUUAUAUGACUUCUUUUGAUUUUGCUUUUAACCUGCACAUGAUGAAAAACAUUUUGGGAAUCACAUUUGAACUUUCACAAGCAUUGCAAAGGAAGGAUCAAGAUAUUAUAAAUGCUAUGUCUUUGGUUCACUUGUCGAAAAGAAGAUUAUUGUUGAUAAGAAAUAAUGGAUGGGAUAAUUUACUUGAUGAAGAUUCUCAUUUUUGCAUUGUUCAUAAUAUAAAUGUGCCAAAUAUGGAAGAGAAAUUUGUUGCACGAGGGAGAUCGCGGCGUAAUGUUCAAGAGAUAACAAAUUUAUUUCAUUAUCGUGUCGAGUUGUUCUAUGCCAUAAUAGAUUUGCAACUAUUAGAGCUUAACAGUCGUUUUAAUGAAGGUAAUACAGAAUCACUUAUUUGCAUGGCCUCCCUAAAUCCAAGUGAUUGCUUUCAAGCAUUUGAUAAGGGAAAAUUAGUUCGUUUGGCUCAAUUUUAUCCACUUGAAUUUUCUUCUACUGAUCUUAAGGCACUUGAACUUCAACUUGAUAGUUACAUUGAUGAUAUGCGCUUGGAUAGUUAUUUUUCAGAACUAAAUGAUAUUACCAGUGUUGUUCAGAAAAUAGUUGAAAAGAAGAAGCAUCUUAUUUACUCAUUGGUAUCUUUGCUCAUCACAUUGGCUUUAACCUUACAAGUUGUAAGUGCAAGUGUAGAAAGGGCAUUUUUUGCUAUGAAAAUUGUGAAGACUCAUUUACGCAAUUAG